UUUGUUCCAGAACAGAGAUGCCAGAUUUGCAGACAAGUCUGCAAAUUCGCAGACUUUUAAUUUAAGCUGCAGAUUUUUUCGAUGACGCAGAUAUUUGCAGAUUUUCUAGAUUGGUUGCAGAUAUUUGCAGAUUUUUUAGUUUUGUUGCAGAUAUUUGCAGAUUUUUGAAUAUAAAGGCUUUUGGUUACACUAGCUUUCCUGACAUUUUUUGUUCUUCCCAGACUUUUAAAAUUAUUAUUGCAGACAUUUGAAAAAAGUACCUGGCAUCUCUGUUCCAGAAUCCAAAUAUUUUUUUUUUGUAAAUUGUAACAUAUUUAUAUUAUCGUUUGUAAUUACACUUACUGUUAUUUUUGCGCGAUAUUCAAUGGGAGAGCAGACUGAAACAAACGACCACUUAAUUGUAACUACAAGUAGUUCACAAGCAACGCGUGAUACUAUUCAAAUGUUGAAUGAUGACAUCGACCACAAAGAGAAAACUUUAAAUAGCUUGAUGGGCGAACUAAAAAACUGCGAAACACGUUUGCAAGCACUCGUUGAUGAUAUGCUUUACCUGGAAUACGACAACAAUAAAAUAAAAGAGCAGAUUCAAUCUACCAUGAAUGAAAAAACGUAUCAUGAAACUCGCAAAAUGACGUCCGAAGACGAUAUAAAUACUCAGCUCGAACUUACGCGAAACGCUGAAGCAGCUGCAAUCUUCACCGCAAUCACCCAAAAACCCACCGAUACACCCACGGCUGUAUUUUCGGACUCCCUUUCGGUCCUAACUGCGCUCGAGACUGGGACCUUCAAACACCUGUACGUGCAAGCAAUAGAAGCUAACUGCGACACCCUCACUACAUUAGUGUGGGUCCCCGGCCACAGCGACAUUAAGGGCAACUGCGAGGCAGACCGCCUGGCAGCCAUCGGACGAAAAGCCCGCACCAUGAUCUCCUAAGAGGUUCCUACCUGCGAUAUCAUCAGAGCAUUCAAACAGAAAGUAGAAAUCGAUUUCACCAGCCACUGGCAGUCAUCCCAAGGACACCUACAAAAAAUCAAAGGCACCCACCAAAAAUGGACAGACCGUGACAACAUGUAGGAACAAAAAGCUCUCUCCAGACUCCGAACUGGACACACUAGAAUCACCCACGUGCACACCGUGUCCAACAUCCCCCCUCUCAUCUGCCCACAUGUGGGACCCGGAAAAAGAUGGAACACAUUCUCAUUAAUUGUUUAGAAUAUCAAGAUCUUCGGACCAGAACUGACCUCCCGCUAUCCAUCAGAGACGCCCUGUCCAACGACCCGGUCCGAGAGGAAAUUAUAAUCUGUUUCCUUAAAGACGCCGGCCUCUUUGACAGUUUAUAAAACAAACCAAACCCACAAUUAUGCAACACAGACAACCAAGAAUUUCACCAACAAAUACUGCGGGCCCCUCGCCACACCCGGACCGGGUGAUGGGAGGGUUCACCGCGGCCCAAUAGCAACCAACACAUCCCAUCGCAGACCAUCAGCCAGCACCCUGCUAGGCGCUAGAGAGAAUUCCUGAGGACCCAAUGAACGAAGCAACAGCAACCCAGUGAGCAAAUUUUCUGGCAGAGACCGCUCUGCUAGAUUUCUGUAAGUCUUGGUUUGGCAGCCCUGUCAGAUUUCUGCGCGGAUCCUGUCGGGUUAGUUAAGCUAGGGCGAACUCAGAUUCGCUCGCGUUUUCUGGCAAAUUUUGACAGGAACCGAGCAAAACCCUGGCAUAACUCGGACAUAAACUGUGCAAAGAUCCUGGCAAUUCAUACCUGGUAGAAUUUAGCACGAAUCGAGCAAAACAUCUGACAAGGAUGUGGCAGGAAGCGUGCAGAGAUCUUAGCCGUACAUUACUGGCUGGAUUCUGGAUAAAAGUGAGCAGCAUUGGUUGGUUUAACCGCUUCUGUCAGAAACGGUUGUUGCAUUUGAGCGAAUUCGUUGCCAGAAUUCUCGCACAAAGCGCGCAAAAUGCUCGCAGAAACUCUGCCAGCAUCAAUUUUGCUUUGCUCAAUUUUUGCUAACUUCCUGCUUGCCAAGCUGACCGGGAACAUCAGUUGACAGUUGAUUGAUCGUGUAAACUGUACUGUCGUGUGCUGUACUGUUUUCAUUUUUCGUAGUGUUUUAUUUGUGUGAAUAACUCAUCAAAUUACCGUCGAAGUCGAAAAUAUUCGUUCACCGUGCCAAUCUCCUGCAUAGUUUUGUGUUGGUUUGUGUAUUUGAAACGAAAAACCAAAGAUUUUCAGUAGUGAUUUUUUGUUUGUCUCGUGAUAUUGUUUACAUCACUGCGGAUUCACCCACUAAAUUUUACACAACGCAGUACGUUCGCCAUGUGCAGGCGAGUAGCGGAAAGUGCUUCCCACACGUCAAAAAGGCGGAUAGAAAGAAACAAUGAAUUCUGCUUGUAAAACAUGUGACUCUCCUGUUAAUGGGAUCGAGGAAAUUGCAUGUCGUGGCAACUGCGGAUCGGUUUUUCACCGCACUUGCAUUCCUGGUAUGCAGAGAUCUGCUCUGGAUUUGUUGUCCGGAUUUAAUAAGAACUUGUACUGGCUGUGCGACAAUUGUGCUUGCAGUUUCAACAAGUGGAUGGAGCAAACCGAUUCCGCUGCUUCCAUCGCGGACACUAAAAAAUUGUGCGAGGCAGUAGAUAACCUGAACGCAGUCGUGUCUAAUCUCUCCAACCGCAUUGAGACACAUUUUCCGGCUAAUUCUGGUUCUGUAGCUCAAAGGGGGUUGUCUGUCAAGCGACUUCCGGGGGAUCUACCCACUCCAAAAAGAAGUCGCGAGAAUUACGCUAAAAUUCGCGCCACUGCAGCCGCUGUCUGUGGUACUCGAGCAAUUCAGCGGGAAAUCAGAACAGUUGCUGAUGAGCGGGAACAGUUCUGGGUCUACCUGAGCCGCCUCGAUCCGAGCCAUACAGUGGAUGAUAUCGUCGCUAUGACCCAAGAAUGUCUUGGAAUAAGCGAUACACCCAAAGCAAUCUUUUUGGUUAAGAAUGAUGCUGAUCUAACAAAGCUCAAUUUUGUUUCCUUCCGAGUCGAGCUUCCGAGUGAACUGAAGGACGUGGCACUCAGAGCAUCUACUUGGCCAACUGGAGUGCUUGUUCGCGAAUUUAACUUCGACCAGCAGAGACAGGAUAGAUUUCGUCAAUAGGUUACAUCGGCCUCCGGGAUGCACCGCAGCUUGUACUGUGGAAGCCCUCGAUCUCCCCGUCACAGUCCAGCUACUGCAGCCAGCGUUCACCAGUCGUCCCGGUCAUGUGUGCGGGAGUGGAAAAAGGGUCUUCCAAACUUCAUACUGCGGCAAGUAUCCAUCCAUUUCGAAACCUUCUAGUACCGAAAUGUUCUUCGAUUCCAGCUCACAGUCAAUUGCGCAAAGCUCCUAUCGGUAUCAGACGCCGCCUUUCAUGCCAGCGACCCGCUGCCGUUCGCGAGUGAUACCUAGCCCUACUACAUUGAGCACAACCCUCUGUUUCCCGUUUUCCCGGUCACCGGGACGCACACGUGCCACCAGUCCUGAGAAAGCCCUUAGUUCCCCCAUCAGAGUCGAGCCCUUCAAGCCAGCGACCAGCAUCCGUCCCGGUCUUGUGGUGGAGUUGGGACGACGGGUUUUCCGCAAACCUACACCAGGCAAGUAUGAAGCAUCUGUGAGCUCUUUUUUGCCUCAAAACUCUUCGAUUUCCAGCCUUGGACAACGACGGGACAAGCUGCUACUAUACUACCAAAACGUUGGUUGUAUCAAUUCAACCGUUGAGGAGUAUCGCCUUGCAGUCUCCGAUAACAGUUUCGAUAUCAUCGUCUUCGUCGAAACGUGGUUAAACGAUGACACGCUUUCCAGUCAGGUGUUCGGUACUGGAUAUGAGGUUUUUCGUUGCGAUCGGAACCUUAGAAAUAGCCGUAAAUCUACUGGAGGUGGUGUAUUAGUAGCAGUUCAUCGCAGCUUGAAGGCACGAGUUGUUGAGAAGACUUGCUGGGAUUGCCUCGAGCAGGUCUGGUCGAUAAUCGAGCUUGGUGACCGUAAGUUGUACUUGUGUGCGUUGUACGUCCCACCCGACCGAGUCCGUGACAUCGAAUAUGUUGACGCACACGGCAGCUCAGUUUUUACCUUCCUCGAAGACGCUAAAUCGGUUGAUGAGAUCAUCAUACUAGGAGAUUUCAAUCUCCCUAGCAUUUCGUGGAAAUCUUCCCGCAAUGGAUUUCUUUACUCGGACUCCGAUCACUCCGUUCUUCACUCAGGGGCGGCGAGGCUUCUUGACAGCUACAGCUCAGCCACGUUACUACAAAUUAAUCCUAUUGCCAACGAGAAUAACUGCCACCUUGAUCUUUGUUUUGUCAGCGAUCAGGUUUUUGCUACAUCAGUAGUGAUGGCUCCCUCUCCUCUAGUGAAACCAGUAGCACAUCACCCACCAUUGAUCGCCAUGAUCGAUCGCACCCUGGCGCACAAUUACAUUGUUCCUCCGGUCCUCGUCUCAUACGACUUCCACAAAGCUGAUCAUCACAGUAUUGCAGACCUCUUCUCCACUCUCGAUUGGCUAAAUAUUCUGGACCCCGAAGAUGUUGAUACCGCAGUUCAAACAUUUUCCAACGUUUUAGAUUAUGUUAUUGACAGACACGUCCCAAAGAAAGUUCAUCAUCAACAAACCGGCCCUCCUUGGCAAACGAGCACGAUGCGACGACUGAAGUCCAUUAAGAGAGCUGCUCUGCGGAGGUUUACCAAGUAUCGCACAAUCUCACUUAGAAACUAUUACGUCAGUCUCAACCAUGCUUAUAAACGAGCUAGUCAAGAUUGUUUCUAUCGAUAUCAGCAAAACAUUCAGCGUAAUCUCAAGUCGCACCCAAAACGUUUCUGGAAAUAUGUGAAUGAGCAGCGCAAAGAAUCCGGAUUGCCGUCAUCUAUGACUUUCAACGGCCGCACAGCUACCACACCCCAAGAUAUGCGCAGACUUUUCUCGGAGAAAUUCGCGAAUGUGUUCACAGAUGAGGCCUUAACAGUUGAUCAAAUUGAACUCGCUGUUAGUCAAGUUCCGGUCGAGAGCCAAACUCUAAGCGCUAUCGAUGUCAAUGAAACAAUGAUUACCAGAGCUUGUUCUCGGUUAAAAUCGUCUUUCAAUCCGGGACCCGAUGGCUUCCUUCAGUACUUUUGAAAAGGCACAUUGACGUUUUAGCGACUCCACUUCUUCGCAUCUUUAGAGCAUCUAUUGCCGGUGGCAUUUUUCCAUCCUGCUGGAAGUCCGCGAACAUGUUCCCAGUCCAUAAAAAGGGCAAUAAACGAGACGUUAAUAAUUACCGUGGAAUUACUUCAUUGAGUGCUGUCUCGAAGUUGUUCGAGCUGGUGAUUAUGGAACCUCUUCAGGCGCACUUCAAGCAGUACCUAAGUGACGAUCAACAUGGCUUCACGUCUGGGCGUUCGACAACGACUACCCUGCUUUGCCUAACAUCCUACAUAACAGAGAGUAUGGAACGUCGCGCUCAAACGGAUGUUAUCUACACAGACCUAUCUGCCGCUUUUGACAAAGUGAACCAUGACAUAACAAUCGCUAAAAUGGAGAGAUUUGGAAUUAACGGUAGUGUGUUGCAGUUAUUUCGAUCCUACCUUUCAGGUCGAGAAAUAGUGGUUGUCAUUGGAGAUUUUCCGGCACCCACAUUUACUUCUACGUCAGGAGUACCCCAGGGAAGUCACUUGGGACCGCUGAUGUUUCUGCUUUACUUCAACGACGUCCAUCUAGUUCUGAAGACUCCACGCCUGUCCUUCGCAGACGAUCUCAAGAUGUUUCUUCUCAUCCGCUCUACUGAAGAUUGUAGAUUACUGCAACGACAGUUUGAAACCUUCGCUGACUGGUGUAACACGAACCGUAUGUGUGUAAAUCCAAAGAAGUGCUCGGUGAUAUCGUUCUCACGAAAAAAGACCCGGUUUGUUUUAACUACCAUCUACUGGAUACUGAAAUCGAACGCGUUAGUCAGGUGAAGGAUCUAGGAGUGAUACUAGAUUCGCAACUCACGUUUAAACAACAUGUCUCAUUUACAGCAAGCAAAGCAUCUCGAAUGCUGGGAUGCAUCUUCAGGAUUGCGAAAAAUUUUACGGACAUUUAUUGUCUCAAAUCGCUGUACUGCUCUUUAUCGCGGUCAAUCCUGGAGUACUGUUGCGAAGUUUGGAGCUCAAACUAUAAUAACGGUGUUGACAGAAUUGAGUCCGUGCAACGACGCUUUUUACGUUUUGCGCUUCGUAGGUUGCCGUGGAGAGAUCCCAUCCGUCUGCCAAGAUACGAAAACCGGUGCCAGCAGAUUAGUUUGGAACCCCUGCUUGUUCGAAGGAAUACAGCAAGGGCUUUGUUCGUUGCUGAUACUUUGCGAGGUCAUCUGGAUUGCCCAGCCAUCUUGGAACAAAUUAAUAUAAAUGUCGCACCUCGAACAACGCGUAACAACCUUAUGCUCAGAUUGCCAUUUCGACGCACUAAUUAUAGCAUGCACGGAGCCAUUACUGGUCUACAACGGAUCUUUAACCGAGUCGCAUCAGCUUUUGACUUUAAUUUGUCUCGCCCAACUCUACGUCUACGAUUUUCCAGAACCUUUAACGGACCCGUUAAUUUCGGCUGAUUCCUUCAUUGCUGUUUUUUAUAUAUUUUUUCACUGUAUUGUUUUUAUUUGUACUGUAUUAUUUUUUUUAUUAAGUUUGUAACGAUUUGACUGUUAGCCAUAAGUUUAGCAUUAAGACAUCAUUGGGGCUUUGAAUUGCCUGUUGGUGUAUAUAUGACAAAUACAAAUACAAACAUCACCACCAACGAAACAUAGUAAAACCAGAGAAAAAUUAACACAAUGAUUUGUAAAAAUACUUGUAAACAUAACUCUGUAAUCCUUUUUUUCUUUUUAUGGGCAAAUGACCUAACGGUUAAAACCCAAAAUAAACAAUACAAUACAAUUGUUCGAUGUCCUACAUAAUUUCAAAACACGAACUGCUAGAUGUUCUAGGAAGUACCACAAAAUAAAAGUUUUACAAAAUUAUUAAUUUUAUAAUACUUGACGUAUGUAGUAUCACAUAUUUCUACGGAUUCGCAUAGUUUGUAUUAACAUUGUACAAAACCCAAUUGAGCAGCUAGCGUUUCAAAAUACAAAUUUUAUAACGUGUGCGGGUUUAGUUUACAACAAAUUUUGUAUCAUAAGAGUGUUAUUUUAUGUAAUACGCUUGUAAAUAUAUCCAGUACUGUAACCAUAUGUGAUAUUGUACAUGUUGAUGGUCAUGUUAAUGGUUCGAAUGUUAAACAAACAAUAUCUAAAAUGGUUUCGCUUAUUAACAAUACAGUAAAUAGACCUUAUGUCAAUUUGUUGCAAUAUAUUGUAAUGUGUUAGGAUCCCUUAUCUUGUAAAUAUUUUGAACAUAAAUUUAUUAUUUCUAUUGCAACCUUUGCAUAAGUACUCUAAAUAUUUACAAUAUCAGAUAAUGUUUCUAUCCCAGGUAAUACGUAAUUCACUCAAUUUGAAAAAAAAAUAUUUCGGCCAACCUUAUGUUAAUGAUAGCAAUAGAAAUAAUAAGCUUUAUGUUCUAAAUAUUUACACGAUAGGAUGUCAUUGUACAUUAUAAUAUAUUUCAACAAUCCCACAUAAUGUCUAUUUACUGUUUUGUUUACUAGCGAAACCAUAUCAGAUAUUGUUUGUUUAACAUUCGAACCAUUAACAUGGCCAUCAACAUGUACAAUAUCACAUAUGGUACUGGAUAAUUUUUUACUAUAAUUCAACCAUUCAAUUCAUCGUUACUAUUGAAAAUAUGGUAAAACUAUUGUUAUACUCAUUGAAUAAAAUCUAAGUUUAUUUUGUAGGAACAUUAUAAAAGCAACACCUCUAAUGGUUACUAUAUCCCACAACAGGUUUAUUGUUCGGACUAUGUCAAAUGGUUUUUAGCUAUGCGGGGUUGCUAAAAUAAAUGAUCAUAAUGUUAAGCAAAUAAUUUUUGUUAUGGCAAAAGCACAAAAAAUUGAUGAAUUAAUUAGGCAAAAUAAUGGUACAAUCAAAGGCUCUACUAUACUACCUGAUGAUAACUUGUCUCUGUGGGACGAGCUCACAAUAAUAUGAAGAAAAUUGUGUUCUUUGCUUGAUAGCGGAAAUAGCUCAAUUGUAUAAAGCGGCAGUACCACUGAUGUCAACACUUUCCAGAUGGCAGGUAAUCAAAUCUCGAUUAUUAAAUAUCGAUAGAGUCAAAACUAUAUGCGAGCGUUACAAAUGUGACAAACUAUGCGGAAAAUACCAACAUUGUAAGGUUCUUUACUUUUGCCUAAUCCUUUUGACAGCGUCGGUAAAGAAGUUUCUGCACGCUUCUGCUAAAUUGAUCAUUUUAACCUAAAUUUGUUUUCACAAUUAGUCCUAUUAUUGCAUUAUAGUAACCUAUGGUGGACAUGGCCAGUAUAGUAACAAAAACAUACUUUAACUAUUUACAAUAUUGUUCGUCAAAAUCCUACCGUUGAUUUAUACGUUUUUAUUUGUAUAGUAUUUCGCUAGAAAAAUAUAUUUGAACUAUACGAGAAAUAGUAGAAACUCGCAACUAAGCGACUAUUUGUGGUAGUGUACAUGUAUAGUCCACGAAAAAAAAUGUUCGAAAAAAAUCGUCGCUUUUGUAUUGUAACAUAACCUAACGCCAUAUUCCCCAAAUUGUUAUCCGGCUGGAAACAAUACCCCAAAUGAUGGAAACAUUUUACGGUG